AUGGUCAAAGCAGUCGCAGUCCUCCGCGGUGACUCCAAGGUCGGCGGCACCGUCACCUUCGAGCAAUCGUCCGAGUCCUCCCCGACGACCAUCUCCUACGACAUCAGCGGCCACGACGCCUCGGCCGAGCGCGGCAUGCACAUCCACCAAUUCGGUGACAACACCAACGGCUGCACAAGCGCUGGACCCCACUUCAACCCGUUCUCCAAAACCCACGGCGCCCCCUCCGACAGCGAACGCCACGUCGGCGACCUCGGCAACUUCAAAACCGACGGCCAGGGCAACGCCAAGGGGUCCGUCACGGACGAGCUGAUCAAGCUGAUCGGACCGGAGAGCGUCCUGGGCCGGACGAUCGUCGUGCAUGCCGGCACGGAUGACCUGGGCAAGGGCGGACACGAGCAGAGUAAGGCUACGGGCAACGCGGGUGCCCGUCCCGCUUGCGGUGUCAUUGGCAUCGCGCAGUAG